AUGCCAGUUGAUUGUGAAAGUUGUCGACAGACGGUCCAUCCAGAACAUCCUCGCCCACCGUCCUUUAUGAUGAACCAAAUUCGUAUCUUCGCCCCUUUAGGGACAGUCAGAGCAGGCCAUUCACUUCUGCGCUUGAUUCGACUCUCUCGCACACGUCUACAUCAAGACGGAGACGGGUCUCAGAAGGCCAUCUGUCACCUGUGCAGGGUGGUCUUACCCGUCCCGCACACUCCAGAUCAAGAACCGUAG